UUAACGGAUUUCAGCCCAUUAAUCUGAAACCCUAGACAUUUGAAGGAUAUAAUAGCUCCGCUGCCACCGGAUCUUCAUUUCGGCCGGUGUUUCGUUGGGAAAAUGGUGUCUCUGAAGUUGCAGAAGCGGCUCGCCGCCAGCGUGCUCGGUUGCGGAAAGGGGAAGGUCUGGCUCGAUCCCAAUGAAGUCAGUGAACUCUCCGUUGCCAACUCGCGCCAAAAUAUCAGGAAAUUGGUGAAGGAUGGGUUUAUUAUCAGGAAGCCUACAAAGAUCCACUCCAGAUCUCGGGCACGCCGGAUGAAGGAAGCGAAGAGAAAGGGUCGUCAUUCUGGAUAUGGUAAACGCAGGGGUACAAGGGAGGCCAGGUUGCCUACUAAAGUCCUUUGGAUGAGGAGGAUGAGAGUGCUUAGGCGCUUACUUCGCAAGUACAGGGAAUCCAAGAAGAUAGACAAGCACAUGUACCAUGAUAUGUACAUGAAAGUGAAGGGAAAUGUCUUCAAGAACAAGCGUGUGCUCAUGGAGAGCAUCCACAAAUCGAAGGCCGAAAAGGCCAGAGAGAAGACUCUAUCUGAUCAAUUUGAGGCUAAGAGGGCCAAGAACAAGGCUAGUCGUGAGAGGAAGUUUGCUAGGCGUGAAGAACGAUUGGCCAAGGGGCUAGCUGAGAAGGAAGCACCAGCGCCUGCUCCAUCUUCCCAAACCCAAUCAGCCUCGCAGGUAUCUAAGAAAUCAAAGAAGUGAAACCUUAGUCUUUCUCCUGCAAUUCCAAGGGGAUUACAUUAUGUUUGGUGAUCCUUUGUUAUCAUUUUUUGUUGUUUUAAUUACAAGUAGAAGAAUACUAUUGAAUUCAAGACAUUGAUGAGUUCACAAGCAUUGUUAUUAUGAUGCGUCUUUUGUAUUGUUUUUGUUUCCUCUAUUCUAACUAUGCUCCUUUAUGAAAAGAAAAGGUUUAUAAACAA